GGAUUUGUCUCGAUCUGAUAGUAAAAAAAAAGGUUUAGAGUGCUUAAAUUCUAUGCCUGUUCCAUUUCCAAGCGUAUACACAUCAGUAAAUAAUAACAAAUAAAAAGAAAGGCAUUACAGAGUUGCUGUCAUCGCAAGACAACAAUGGGAGGACAAGCAAAGGCUAAAAAGAAAGGGAAACCCCAACGAAAAGAGAAUCGCAGAGUUCCAGAAGCAACAGCAAUGUCACCACAGGACAGGAUGAAAGCCAAGAUGAAGGAGAAAGCCAAAAAGAAGACAGCUGGAAAAUACACCAUUGAUCAGUUACUGGAAAAGACAGAAGAAUGUAUGGACAAUUUUGACUUCCCAAUGGCAAAGAUGUUCUGUCAGCGUGCCCUGGAUAUCGAGCCUACCAACCUAACAGUUCUGGAUAUGCUGGGAAACAUCUGUGCUGAACUGGGGGAAAUGGAUAAAGCCAAACAAGUAUUUCUGAAAGCAGUAGAACUGAGUCCUGAGGAAGGCCACAGCAAGUACAUGUACCUGGGUCAGGUUCACACAGGUGCCGAGGCCGUGCAGUACUUCAGCAAAGGCAUUGAAGUCAUGCUGAGAGCUACGGACAAGCAAGUCAAUGAGGUUAGCAGUAUGGGAGCUGCCGCUUUACCUCUAGAAUCUUCCAUUACUCCUAAGGAUGUGUCUGUGGCCUUCUGUUCUAUUGCUGAGAUCUUCUUCACUGACCUUUGUAUGGAGGAGGGAGCAGCCGAGCGGUGUAAGGAGGCUAUUGAGAAAGCACUGCACUAUGACCAGAACAACCCUGAAGCGCUGCAGUUAAUGGCUAGCUACCUCUUCAGCAUUGAGAAACCUGAGGAGGGCCGUGACUACCUGAUAAAGAGUGUGUCGUCAUGGUUACCGAGUCGACAGAAGGAGGAAGAGUCUUUAGCAAGCUCAGAGCAACCUGAUGAUGAUGAUGAGGAGGAGGAGGAACGAGUGCAGAGUAAUAUCCCACCAUAUGAGUCCCGAAUUACAACAGCCAAACUCCUGAUAGAAGUUGAGGAAUUUGAGAUGGCCACAGAUGUGUUGGAGGGUCUCUUAGAGGAGGACGAUGAAGUUGUGCAGGUGUGGUAUUUGUUAGGAUGGUUGUAUUAUCUCCAACUGGACAAGCCUGGAAGUACAGAAGACUCUGAAAGCUUGAAAAAAUCCUCCAGAAUCUACCUUACAAAAGCAAAAAAGCUCUACACGAAGCUGCAUUGUGAGGAUGCGCCCAUGUUGGAGCACACCGAGCAGCUCUUACAAGAACUUGGAGGAGAAUUAGUCGCCGAAGACGAUGGGGACGAAGCCGGGCCCUCGAUUGACGACAUCGGAGAUGACUUUAUUCAGUGCAGUGAGGAUGAGGAUAACGAUGAAGAUGAUGAUGAUGAAUCCAUGGAGCACUGAAUGAGUGCAAAUCUAUAAUUUAACUCCUGUCUCUUGUUCCUUUCUACUUUGUAUUCUGUUGUGUCCAGUUUUAAAUCCUGGUUUCGCAGACAAUUUCGGCAACCGUUCGUUUGUCCCGUCAUCUUUAAAGAAGAAGGUACAGAAGAAAGAAAGGAAAGAAUGGAUAUAUUUUUAUCCAGACAUGUCAAGUUUCUUGAAAGAAAAAAAGAGAGCGAGGACAAUAAAAGUGUUAUCUGUUGACAUUUCUUAUCACAUGGUGACUUUAUUCAUCAUUUUGUAAUCCUGAUUAUACAUAUUUUCAUGGUGGGAUGUAUGCAGUGGAUCAGAAAUGCCACCAGGGAUUAAAAAUGGUUUUUAAAUCA